AUGGUAGAUGCCAACUGUGUCCAUCAAAUAAUCACGUUUUCCUUUCCCUUCAUUUCAUUUUUUGAUUCUACCCCUUUUCUUUCCUUUGCUUCCAUUUCAUUAUUUGCUCCUACUCUUUCUCUUUCCUUUCCUUUAUUUUCAUUAUUUGUUCUACCCUUUUUCUUUUAUUCCAUAUCAUUAUUUGUUUCUGUCCGAUUUCAUUCCGUUGCUUCCGUUUCAUUAUUUGCUCCUAUUUAUUUUCAUUCAUUUACUUCCAUUUCAUUAUUUGUUCCUGUCCGAACUCUUCCUUUCGCUCCAGUUUAUUAUUUAGUCCUGAACAAUCUCUUUUAUUUCCUUUCAUUUCGUUAUUUUCUUUGCUUCCAUUUUUCAUUAUUUGCUUUACCCUUUCCUUUCCUUUCCUUAAUUUCAUUCAACUUUCCUUCAUUUCCCUUAUUUGUUCCUACAUUUUCUCAUUCCUUUGCUUCCAUUUAA